UCCCAUCGCUUGUUUGUUGCUGGCUUUUCCUUUCCGCCGCGGCAAAAGUGAGGCGCUGGGCGAGCGGGCGAGCUGGGGGAGACGAACCCGUCAUAAUUCCAUUGCGCCUCGCCUCCUGCGUAUAUAACCUCGGCCGCCGGGCGGAGGUGCUCAUUCUCCCCGUUCCCUCUCGCGCGCGCGAAGGCCAAGGCCGGAUCGGGUGCUCUCUCAGAUCUCGCGCGCUUCGCCGGCCUGCGCAGCAACCCAGGGAGUAGGAGCUAGGAGGAUCGGGGAGAGGAUGUUUAGCGGGACGCAGCAGAAGUGCAAGGUGUGCACCAAGACGGUGUACCCGAUGGACCAGCUCUCCACCGACGGCGUCGUCUUCCACCGCUCCUGCUUCAAGUGCCAGCACUGCAAGUCCACCCUCUCCCUGAGCAACUAUUCCUCGUUCGAAGGAGUGCCAUACUGCAAGGCCCAUUUCGAGCAGCUCUUCAAGGAGACCGGGAGCUACAACAAGAGCUUCCAAUCACAAUCACAAUCACCCGCAAAGAUUACUCCGGAAAAGACGGGCCCUGAGCUGACCAGAACACCAAGCAAAGCUGCAAGGAUGUUUUCAGGAACACAAGACAAGUGUGCAACUUGUGGCAAAACCGCAUAUCCUCUUGAGAAGGUAACAGUUGAAGAAAAGGCCUACCACAAGUCCUGCUUCAAAUGCUCCCAUGGUGGCUGUGCCAUCACACCAUCCAACUAUGCAGCCUUGGAGGGGAUCCUCUACUGCAAGCACCAUUUCUCUCAACUUUUCAAGGAGAAGGGAAGCUACAACCAUCUGAUCAAGUGCGCAUCGAUCAAGCGUACGGAGGCACAGCCUGAACAACCAGCACAGCCAACUGCUGAUUCCUCUUGAUCGUGCCAUUUCAACAGUGGAGUUUGAAGGCGAGAAUUUGGAAGCCUCCUGUUUUUACUUAAAACCACCUGGCUGUAUGUUAUGCCGUCUAGCCCUGAGGAUACCAGACUUCUCUACUUUGGUAUCCUUGGCCGUGCUAGCUGAAUCACAUUGGUGAACCAUGGAACUGCUGUCAUUUUCAAUGAAAUUGUUGUGCACGGGAUACUGAAAUUGGGUAUCUUGCCCUUAUUGAUAGACAUAUUGUUUU